ACCAAAGGAUCCUACCAUGCCUUCCCAAUCAUGUCGUUCUUUUCGUCUAACCGGUUCUUGGCAGUGCUCCUCAUCGUAGGCCUCGGUACAGCGUGCUACUCUAUACCCAGUAUUCUGCAACAGGUCAAAGAUGCCGCCCGGGCACCAGAACCUGAACCCCCACCGCCACGCAAACGGCUGCAAAAAGACUCGGAGAAUUCGCUGAAAAUCGACACACUACGUACUCUUGCGGAUGGGUAUAGCUACGAACUCCGCAACUCUGCCGUCAAAAUCGUCACGAGCCGGACCGUUCGCUCCCGUUCUAAGGACUUACUACUCCGCGACCUCGCCAGUAGGGACUACGAGCGGCGCGACAAUGCCAUCAACGGACUGUUGAUGAUGUUGCGCCACCAGAGUCUCCACGACAGGUAUCAGAACCUGGGUGCGGAAUUCAAUCUUGCCAAACGGGUCAAGGCGACCGUGCGGGCGCUGAUCAACGUCUUACCAAUGCACGCAGACCAUGGACACGAACAAAAGGGGGGACUACCGCCGUCACCGAUCCUGCCGGUCACUCGUCCUGCGCAGGAGGAGUCACUUCUAGUCAUUCUGAAUUAUAUGCUCACCGAAGAGCCUCUCAGAAGGAGCGUGAUCAUAGAGCCACCGGUCAUUGCCGCGCUCAAGGCCGGCCUGGUCACUAAAUGGCUGGCCCGGUAUCCGUUCCCGUGCGCGCUGCCGGAGAAUCAGGGGUACAAUUUCAAACGAUCCGACGUCGCGCGGCUGUUUGAGCGCAUGGCCUGGAAGACGGACGACCAUCUUAUGGCGGGGAUCAUCUUCCAGGUCGUGCAUCAUCCGCUGGGGCGGAAACAGAUGCGCGAGGCGGGCUUGCAGGCGAGCAGUUACAGGGAGAACGUGGAUCCGAAUUCGUGGAACACGGGCUGGACGGCCGAGCGGUGGGAAAGCGAUGAUAGUGACAACGAUGUGGCCAUGACAGGAGGCGAGGCUACGGCCGGUCAGGUCAGGGAUGAUGUUACAGUGUGGGAGGAGACGGUGCCGGCGGUAACGCAGCGGUCUGUGGAACGAAGUCAAGAAGAGGAACAUCUACGGCGGCGACAUCGUGAGGCUAUUGUCGUCGCGGAGCGUGGUGCGCCUUUGAGAAGAGAAAACAUCCUGCAGCGUGGAGAUAGCAUGGAUGUCCGGCCUAUGCGUGGCGUGAGUGAGGUCGAGGGCGAUUUGAAUGGGCUGUUGGGUCUUUCUGACAAUGGUCGGGAGUAUGAGAACACGGCUUCGGAACAUGGCAGUCAUCGUUCGAGAGAAGAUCUCGAAAGUGCACCUGUGGAAGAUGCAUGAUGUCCGGGUCGAUACAGUCUGUCAAUAUGAGCCGGGUGAAUGCUCGAUCUGCGGAGAUGUUGGUCACCGCAGUCGAGAACAGGACGGGAACGUACAACAUCUGGCUUCACUGUAACAGCGACGGCUUUUUGACUUCAUCAUGGGAUUACACAAAGCGAGGCGUUUUCAGGACUAAGGCUGGGCAAGGCUGGACUUAUUCCUUGUUGUAAAUGGAUGAGGUCAGGGUCAAAUUGCACCACAGGAAGUGCGCACUCAGCA